CUCAUUCAGUCAGUGAGGGAGAAGCUCCACUCCACUCCUCACACACACCCUCAGUCACACACACACACACACACUGCUCCUGCUGCCGCUGCCAUGAAGCCCACUGGAAUAGUUCUGCUGGUCGUGUCCAUCACACUCCUCCAUAAAGGGCACUCCGAAGAGCUGUCUGCUCUCGCAGGUGACUCUCUACAAGCAAAUCUAACCAACCCAGCCGGUGAGUCUGAUACAGCAAAUCCAACGCCACAAGCCGCAGGCGAGGUCACUUCUCCUCAUCCACAGACCGAAAAGCCCGUGACUGCCAGUCUAACGACAAAAAGUCCUGAUCCGAACAAUGACUCCAAACAGACUUCCCAGAGCCCUACCACCAAGUCCCCUGCAGACCCCAAUAAAGAUGCAGAAGGUGAUGCCAAAGACCAAGAGACAGAAGCACCAACAGUACACACAACACAAACCGCUUCUCAUACAGAGGCCCCGGCUGUGGUUCCAGAUCCCGCAUCAGGUGGGAAUAGUACCGGCACUGAUAAGGGACACUCUGAGCAAGGAACUGAAGUGAAGCCAGCUGUCAAUGAGACAAAUGAAUUGCCACCUAAUACAGGAUCUGGAACAAACAAUCAGGAGAGUGGCCAAAAUGCAGAAGGUGAUGCCAAAGACCAAGAGACAGGAACUGAAGUGAAGCCAGCAGUCAAUGAGACAAAUGAAUUGCCAUCUGAUACAGGAUCUGGAACAAACAAUCAGCAGAGUGGCCAAAAUGCAGAAGGUGAUGCCAAAGACCAAGAGACAGACCGGAGAAUCCUGUGGAUUUUGUUGCCUGUUUUGGGUGUGUUGGUGGCAGGUGUGAUCUUUGUCCUCAAGUUCAAAUGCAUGAAAGUGCAUGAUCAUGCAGAACCUACUGAGAAUGGCACAGAGAACGCCUCCUUCCAAAGGUCUGACAGCAACAAAGAUGGCGUCAUGCUCCUGGGUGUGAAGACUUCUGGCGGAGAGGAAAACGCAGCGGCGAGAUAAGAUGGACGGCAGCCGAAAAGGACAGUCACUCAAGAAAGCAAGAGACACUUCUACACCCUCACCGCCACUGGAGAUCCUCCUGAUCGCCAUCAAUGGAUUCCACUUCACAGAUAUCACCAAAGAGCACUGAAGUGGGUUAGACUACAAACAUCCAAUGUGACGUAUGGUAUUUUCCUGUACAUUAAGCCAGAGAACUAAAAUAUAUAUAUAUACAUAUAUAAUACUGAAGUAAUGAAACAUGCAAGCGUGCAUAUAGACUGACAUAAUUAUAUGUCUGAUGGCUGAAAUUUCAUGUCAAUUUGAGACCAAUUGCCAUUGUUUAACACUAAAAACCAAUUGUCUUGUGGCAAUGUUUAACACUGAAACCAGUUGUGAACACUGAAGACCGUCUGGCAAAUGAGUGAAUGAUAUGAUAUUUCAGCCCCUGACGCCGUUGACAAAAUGGAUCACUGCCAUUGCUUCUCUCUCUCUCUCGAUAUAAUGGAUGAUAUUUGGGCUGAAGCAUCAGUCUCCUCUGCUUGUUCGUGUUUGCACUGAUAGCCUAGAUAAUGUCAGUUAAUUACUGUGUGAGAUGCCUUGGAUUCAGUGGAUAAGCUCAAGUGAAUUCACUGAUGUAAAUUGGAUAGUGUAUUAACACCUAAGAAAAUAAAGCGAGCUUGUGCGUUCAAGGUUCUGAAUAUUACGACUCACUGUUUUGGUAAUAGCUUCGAAGGCUUGAGUGAAUUUUUUCCAUAUUUUUGUAUCACAAAACAUAUUACUUUAACAACUAUGCAAACGCUUCUUUUAGAUUUAUAUUGAUAUUGGUCUUACACUGAAUAAAUCAUCAGGCCACAGUUAUUUGAUCAUCUCUCCAUGUUUUGCAUAAGCUGUCAAUCUAAGUCUCUUCUUUUUCCAUUUUUUUUUUUACCCUUUCUGUUUCGAUUGUAUUAAACUUGUAUGGGUUUCUAAUCUGUCAUGGACACGGAGUUCCCUGUUUUCUCUGCUGUAUAUUUGACUGCUCUCAGUAUCUGUGCUACUGGUCUUACUAAGUUAUAAAUGAAUAGAAAAAUGAAGGAUAUUCAAGCUUGCAGCAUGCAUUCAUAUGUGAAUCCAGCGGAAAAAGAUUGCUGAUCGUGUUUUGUGUGUUUGUUUGUUUGUUUGUUUGCUUGUUUUUCUGUUGUUUCUGUGCUGUUUUUCCACGUGGAUCUGUGUCGUUAGAGAGGGCCCACGCUUCACAACCUUGGCUUCCCAUAUUCUGUAUGCGAAACAUGAAUCUGAGAUGAAGCAAUCAGUUCUGCCACAACAUUUGAACACACCUGCUGCCUCUGUUAAAUGUUAUCCACAUGAGCAGUUUGUUUGUCUGUGUCUUUCUUGUGUUUCUCUCUCCAUUAAAAUACCUUCCUCCCCGAGGACCAAAAAA